UGCAGUGUGAGUGCGUGGACGGUAUCAGCACGAGGGGAACCAUUGACCUGCUUGAAUAACUGCAUCAGUUUUUCCACAUAAAAACUUACUUCAAAAAAUUACUUGGACACUUUCAAGAGAUCAGAGGAUGAAGUGUGUUUCUCCGCUGAGUGGCGUGCUCCUGGUGUGGCUGUGGCUGGGUCUCCCGGCGGGGCUAAGAUGCUCACUGGAGGAGCAGGUCUCCUCCGGGAUGCUGGAAAUGGUGUCCACAGGCCAGGGGUGGCUGAAUCACACGGCCGUUCGCUCCCUUUUCAAUCAACUCGAGCGGCGUGUGCAGUGGGCAGCAGUGUCGUGUGAAAAGUGCCAGCCUCUCCUCUAUCUAGACCAGCUGGUCAGGAACUACUCCAGCGAAGGUCUGAGAGUGGAGCAUCUCUACCGUGUGUCCGAGGGGUGUGGCCUCUAUAUCAGUAGCCCCGCCCUCGCCUGCGCCGCCAUGAGGGAGGGGCGCUGGGGCGAGGAGACAGACCGCCUCCUCAGGAGCAUCCGUCAGCAGGAGGAGCAGGCGGGGGAGCUGGAAGAGACACUGUCCUCUCUGCUGCAGGACAUGCAGACACACUACAGACCAGCUCACCAUCAUGUGGAGUGUCUGAGCAGCCGUGACAUUAUGGCCGAGGUCAGCAUGUGGUCGAGUAACUACAGUACGGUUUCCAUGGUGAUGGGGAGCAUUGUGUACCACGUUCUCCGGGGAGACUGCUUGGCAGGCCACGCCCUCCCGGGGGAAACCUACUUCCUGGACUCCAUCAUGCAGCGCCUUGGCAACAACAGUGUUACCGUCUCUGAGCUGGAGGAUCUGAUGAGCAGUCUGAAGAUAGGAGAAACACACCACGAAGAACAUGAUCAUCUUCACCCAGAGGACCUCCACGCUCACCAGGACGACAGUCACCGUGACCACAGUCACCAGGACGACAGUCACCGUGACCACAGUCACCAGGACGACAGUCACCGUGACCACAGUCACCAGGACGACAGUCACCGUGACCACAGUCACCAGGACGACAGUCACCGUGACCACAGUCAUCAGGACGACAGUCACCAUGACCACAGUCACCAGGAUCACAACCACACUGAAGAGGGACAGGGUAGGAACAGUAGCUGGGACCAGGUGUGUUUCACAGCUCAGCAGCUGGUCCAGAUCCAUGGGAUGAACGGUUCUGCUCUGGUCCGGUCUGACCUGGCUCGGCUCAGCCCCGCCCUGCUGCAGCAGCUGCUGUCAGGAGCCUGCUCUGCCCUGCCCCUCCCAGAUCCCUCCGACUCUCUCACCACCACCGAGCGGUUCGUGUACGCCAGCAUAGCUAACCUGCUGAUCAGCCUGACCUCCAUGGUUGGGAUCGUGGUUCUGCUCUGCACGUCCUGCAGCAGCGUGUUCCAGCUCUGCAUCCAGUUCUGCGUCAGUCUGGCUGUGGGCUCGCUGACAGGAGACGCACUGCUGCACCUCAUGCCCACGGUGCUGGGACUGCAUGUCCAUGAAGAGGGCUCCAGCCACAGUGACGAGCCUCAGGACCACGUGUACAAGCUCCUGGUGGUGAUGGCUGGGAUCUACUACUUCUACCUCAUGGAGACCGUCUUCUCCAUAGUCACUCAGAAGAAGGAACACCACCACCACCCGCACCAUCACGGCGAGGAGGAGGAGCCUCACCACUGUGACCAUGGCAAGGUGCUGGAGAUGUACCAGGAGAAGAGGAAGACUGCCUCCCAGACAGACCUGGUGGAUGGGGAAGACAAGGAGGCCGUUUCUCCAAAGAAGGAACGUACCAAAGAACAGAGACUGCUCCCCUUCAUGAUCACCCUGGGUGAUGGCAUCCACAACUUUGCAGACGGGCUGGCUAUCGGAGCAGCCUUCUCUGUGUCCUGGAGGUCUGGCCUGGCCUCCUCCCUGGCCGUGCUCUGCCACGAGCUGCCCCACGAGCUGGGGGACUUUGCCAUCCUGCUCCAGAGUGGUGUGUCGGUGCGCAGGGCGCUGAUGCUGAACGUGGGCUGUGCCAUGACAUCGUUCGGGGGGCUGUACCUCGCCCUCUCCAUAGCAACCGACGCCGCCACCAAGCAGUGGAUCGCCGCGGUUACCACCGGGAUGUUCCUCUACGUGGGAUUGGCUGAUAUGCUCCCCACCAUGGUCCAUGUGGACAGCCGUCACCCCUGGCUGAUGUUCUUCCUGCAGAACGUUGGACUGCUGACCGGCUGGAGCAUACUGCUACUGCUGUCUCUCUACGAAGACCGCAUACACUUCUAACACACACUCAUGCUCUGGAAACUGUUCUCUUCUGCAUAUGUAGCCAAUAUACUAGUUGUCCAGAUUAAUAUAAUAAACUCCCAUCAGUUUUAAUUCUGUGUUGUAAAACAGAUAACUGAUGUGAUGUACCUGAUAGCAGAGAUGUGACUCCAGUCUGUCAAACCUCCAAGAUGAACACCUUCAUUAUGCUGCUUCUGUGUCUGCCUCAUUGCACCAAUAAAGGGCAAAAUACAAA